GAAGAGGGCAUCCGGGAAUGCAGGACGAGCUGCCCGGGGCGGGAGAGAGAAGGGAGGAGAGAGGUGAGGUGCUGGAAGGGGUGGGGACCGCUGGGCUGGCCCAGGCGGGACCGUGCACCGUGUGUGCGCGCGGCGUUGAAAUGCCCUGCACGUCGGGGCAGCGGGACAGAGCCCAGGACGCGCGGGAAGUCUCCGAGUGCCUCGCUCCUCCCGCCGCAACCAUGACAGAGAACUCCGACAAAGUUCCCAUUGCCCUGGUGGGGCCUGAUGACGUGGAGUUCUGCAGCCCCCCGGCCUACACCACGGUGACGGUGAAGCCCUCCAGCCCCGCGCGGCUGCUCAAGGUGGGAGCCGUGGUCCUCAUUUCGGGGGCGGUGCUGCUGCUCUUCGGGGCCAUCGGGGCCUUCUACUUCUGGAAGGGAAGCGACAGUCACAUUUAUAAUGUCCAUUACACCAUGAGUAUCAAUGGGAAAUUACAAGAUGGGUCAAUGGAGAUAGAUGCUGAGAACAACUUGGAGACCUUUAAAAUGGGAAGUGGAGCUGAAGAAGCAAUUGAAGUUAAUGAUUUCCAGAAUGGCAUCACAGGAAUUCGUUUUGCUGGAGGAGAGAAGUGCUACAUCAAAGCGCAAGUGAAGGCUCGCAUUCCUGAGAUGGGCGCCAUGACCAAACAGAGCAUCUCCUCCGAACUGGAAGGGAAGAUCAUGCCAGUCAAAUACGAAGACAAUUCUCUUAUCUGGGUGGCUGUAGAUCAGCCUGUGAAGGACAACAGCUUUCUGAGUUCUAAGGUCUUAGAACUCUGUGGCGGCCUUCCUAUUUUCUGGCUUAAACCAACCUAUCCAAAAGAAAUCCAGAGGGAAAGAAGAGAAGUGGUAAGAAAAAUUGUUCCACCUACCACGAGAAGACCACGCAGUGGACCACAGGGCAGCCCAGGCGCUGGAAGACUGAAUAAUGAAACCAGACCCAGUGUUCAAGAGGACUCACAAGCCUUCAAUCCCGACAAUCCUUACCACCAGCAGGAAGGUGAAAGCAUGACGUUCGACCCUAGACUGGAUCAUGAAGGAAUCUGUUGUAUAGAAUGUAGGCGGAGCUACACCCACUGUCAGAAGAUCUGUGAACCCCUGGGGGGCUAUUACCCAUGGCCUUAUAAUUAUCAGGGCUGCCGUUCAGCCUGCAGAGUCAUCAUGCCAUGUAGCUGGUGGGUGGCCCGUAUCUUGGGCAUGGUGUGAAAUCACUUUAUGUAUCACGUAUUGUAAAGUAAGAACUAGCUGAAGAGACAACCAAAGCAGCAUAAGGCAUGUUGAUGCCAGUGGGACCACAAAGUAUUUUUACACUCAACCUGAGCGGUUAUUCUUGAAAAUCUUGGAAUUUUUCUCAACUGUUUUCCAGAACUUUAGUAUGUGCAAAUGUACUGAAAGGGUAGUUCAAGUCUAAACUGCCAUAACCCCUUUAUUAUAUGUUAUUUUUUAUUUGCUUUGCUUUGCCAUGUCUUCCUUGCUUGCAUCUUCAAAGCUAUUUUAAAUAAACAUGAAAAAUUAUCUACAAUUUG